UCAGCUGCUAUUAUCUACCCUAUGGAGAAUAUGUAUGGCAAGCGAGUUCUGCCACUUCGUUUUCAAUGCCCAGCAAGCCAUCAUUUUUUGAGCUGAAUGACCAAAUAUGGUUGAUUUCCUAUUCAGCAAGUGAUGGCAUGAUCUCCAAGCUCAUGUCAAUCGAGACCGUUGCCGAAGGUCCCCGUGUAGAUCUCCCGCUCAACAACGUCAAUAACCAACGCCAGAUCGCCGUCACCCAAGUGACGGAGAGCAUGGUGGUGAUGGCUCUUGAAGGCUACCUCACUGAGGACGUGGUGGUAAUACUCUACAGCCUCAAAACGGAGAGCUUUCAAGUGAUUCCGCCUCCGCCGCCCAAUCGACCAUUCACACGGAUGGAACACUUCACUCUACAAGAUGGAACGUCUUUGAUAUUCGCCUUCCCCCCUUGUGCCAAUUGGUAUUUGAUCUUCAACAUGAUAUCACUCACUUGGUAUCAACGGUAUAGGCCAGAUGAGCUUUGUCAGGUUACCUCAACUUUGGUCCAUGGAGACUUGGUGUACCUUUGGGUGAAUGAUGACUCCACGAGGAUCAGUAUAUUUGAUCCCAAUAAGAACACAUGGGAUAAGACGAGUGAGUUGCCAUGGAAAUCACCAGAUCAACUCUUGGAUUACAAGAGUACAAAAAUGAUUAGGCUAGUGGAUAAUCGGUGGACAGGUAUGCACAGUUUUAUGCAACACCUACGCUAUCAUCCAAGCAUACUCAAAAUGUGUUUCAGACGAUAUCACAAUUGAUCCCCAAACCUUGCAACGGU